UUUGUUAUAGUGUUAUUUGGACUUUAUAUUUUUGAACCCUUGGCAUCACCCCCUCACAACAAAACAAUAUUUUAUGUGGAUUACUUAAAUUAUGGAAUAGGGUGCAUGCAGGCUUUGCUUUAUUCACCUCUUGAACACUAAAAAUAACCCCAAGAGAGCUAUCUGUAUUUAGCAUGACUCAUUAUCUGUCAGUAAUGUACCAUAUUGUAGUGAACAGAGCAAAACAAUUCUCUCUUCCCACCUACCCACAGGUCUCUAGGUAAUAUAUGGGUUCUUUUGUAACUUCCUUUGCUUCAUUUCUUUUAUGAUGACUCGCAGUAUGGAACCACUGGCAAAGAAGAUCUUUAAAGGAGUUUUAGUAGCUGAAGUUAUGGGCCUUCUUGGAGCAUAUUUUGUGUUUACUAAGAUGAACACAAGCCAAGAUUUCAGGCAAACAAUGAGCAAGAAAUUUCCCUUCAUCUUGGAAGCAUGUACAACGCCCUCAAUCCACAAUCGCAUUGAACAGUCUGGAAUGUUAUGGAAUCGAAAUCACCAAGAUCAGAACAUGGUUGAACAGCCAAAAUUGAGACCGUUCUUUGUUCUGUGUACGCCAGUCAUCACCGUUCAACCUCCCUCAUUUUAA